AUGCCGGCGCUGCCCUCAGCGGUGGUGGUUCUCUCCUCUUCGCUGUGCAGGCUGGUGUAUGACAGGGAGACGGGAAAACCGAAGGGCUAUGGCUUCUGUGAGUACCAAGACCAGGAGACGGCCCUCAGUGCGAUGCGGAACCUGAAUGGGCGAGAGUUCAGCGGGAGGGCCCUGCGCGUUGACAACGCGGCCAGCGAGAAGAACAAGGAGGAGCUGAAGAGCUUGGGCACAGGCGCACCCAUCAUAGAGUCACCCUACGGGGACCCUGUCAAUCCUGAAGAUGCCCCCGAGUCCAUCAGCCGGGCAGUAGCCAGCCUGCCGCCCGAGCAGAUGUUUGAGCUGAUGAAGCAGAUGAAGUUGUGUGUCCAGAACAGCCCCCAGGAGGCCAGGAACAUGCUGCUCCAGAACCCCCAGCUGGCUUACGCCCUGCUGCAGGCCCAGGUGGUCAUGAGGAUCGUCGACCCGGAGAUCGCACUGAAAAUCCUGCAUCGCCAGACCAGUGUUCCUCCUCUGAUCCCAGGCAACCAGCAGCCAGUGCCGGGGCCUGGACCGGGACCGGGGCCUGGGCCAGGGCCAAACGCCCAGCUGAACCCGCAAAAUACCCCCUCGUCCCAGCCACAGCCCAUAGGUGGGAUGCACGUAAACGGCGCUCCUCCUCUGAUGCAGCCGCCCAUGCAGGGAGGAGUGCCAGCCCCAGGACAGAUGGCAGCCCCUGUGCAGGGCCCGGGCCCUGGCCCCAUGGCUCCAGGAGGUGGGAUGCAGCCACAGGUUGGGAUGCCAGGCGGAGGGCCUGUCCCCUUGGAGCGUGGACAAGUGCCCAUGCCAGACCCGAGGGCCCCUAUGCAGCGUGGACCUCUACCUGCUAGUGGCCCGCCGCCCCGAGGCCUUUUGGGAGAUGCCCCGAAUGACCCUCGCGGAGGGACCCUGCUCUCAGUCACUGGAGAAGUGGAGCCCAGAGGUUACCUUGGGCCGCCCCACCAGGGAGCCCCUAUGCACCAUAUGCCUGGUCAUGACAGCCGUGGCCCCCCCCAUGAGAUGAGGGGGGGACCCAUGGGAGAACCCCGACCACUGAUGGGAGAGCCGCGGGGGCCCUUGAUGGAUGCUCGAGUCGGAAGAGAUCCCCGAGGGCUGGAGCCACGAGGAUUGGAGCCGCGAGGGCUGGAGCCCCGGGUGAUGGAGGCACGAGCCCUGGAGGCACGAGGCCUGGAGCCGCGGGUCCUGGAGCCACGAGUGCUGGAGGCCAGGGCCAUGGAGGCCAGGGUCAUGGAGCCCCGGGGCCUGGAGCCUCGAGGGCCUGGUCCCAACCCACGUGGCCCCAUGCCUGGUGGGAUACAGGGUCCUGGGCCACUUAACAUGGGAGCCAGUGGCCCGCAGGGGCCCCGUCAGGUUCCUAACAUGGCAGGGGCAGGCAUGCAGGGAGGAGGCAUUCCUGGGGCAGGGGUCCAAGGAGCUGGUCAGCCCGGAGGCUUUAGCCCUGGACAGAGCCAGGUCACCCCCCAGGAUCAUGAGAAGGCAGCCCUGAUCAUGCAGGUUCUGCAGCUGACAGCGGACCAGAUCGCCAUGCUGCCCCCGGAGCAACGGCAGAGCAUCCUCAUUCUGAAGGAGCAAAUCCAGAAGUCCACGGGGGCACCCUGACAGGCCUGGCAGGCGCGUGGUGGAGAUGCUGUCUGCCUGGACAGAGGCAACGCUCCAUGGCAGCUGCUUCCCACUGCUGUCUGAGCUGAUGCUGUGUUUUGGGAGAGGUUUCUCCUUCCUGCUAACGUUUUCAUCCUUUUUUCUGUGUGUAUAUUUUAUGAUGUUUGAAAUAAAGUGGGAGGAGGGUUUGA